ACUUUUCCUUUUUGUUUCCUUUAAUUAUUUUUCUUUCCUAAAGGUCGCUAAAAAGUUGAAGUACAUUAUAAGAAUUGGAUGUGAAUUUCAUAUGUGUUCUUUCAAUAGAUAUAGUGAUUCACUUCGGUCGCUUAACAAAAUGAUAGUAGAUAGCCAGUGGUCAUGGUGGUCGGAAUUCGAAGUUACCGGCAAGAAAGUCGAGCUCACUUUCCCAGUAUUCACUUUAUCAGCCAUUUCAUUCGCUAUUUUUCUGUACAUAUCCUGGAAGUCAAGGUCAAGGUUGCCUCCCGGACCUCGUGGUUUGCCGGUGCUGGGUUACCUUCCGUUUCUUGGCGCCAACUUGCUCGAUGAAUUCACAAAAAUGGGUCAACGUUUUGGCCCGAUUUUCAAACUCCAGCUCGGAAGUAAGACCUACGUCGUCAUCAGCUCCUCAGACCUGGCUAAAGUUGUGCUCCGUGAUCAAGACGAUACUUUUGCUAACCGAGACCCUCCGGUGGCUGGCAUAGCUCUCACAUAUGGUGGCAAAGAUAUAACCUGGUCUGACAACAACACCUACUUGCGUAACAUGCGUAAGGUGUUGAUGUACGAAGUGAUGAGCCACAAGAACCUGGAAGCUUCACUCUCUUUCCGGCGAGGUGGAGUGAGAAAAACUGUCAAGAAUGUGUAUGAAACAAUGGGCACGGAGGUGGAUAUUGGUGAGACUGCGUUCUCUACGUUGUUGAGGGUCAUAACCAGCAUAAUAUGGGGGAAAAGUUUCGAUGAAGAUGAAGCAAGCAAUACUCUUAUGGUUGGGUUCCGGGAAGUGAUUACAAGUGCAAUGAUGGUUUUGGGAACCAACAACGUGUCGGACUAUUUUCCGGUGCUGGCGAGAUUCGAUUUACAGGGGGUGGAGCGAAAAAUGAAGAAAGAAGCUCAGAAGCUCGAUGGGAUCUUCCAGAAGAUUAUCGAUGAUAGAGUGAUCAGCCUUAAAACCAAAGAAUCAGUAGAGCAACAGGGAAGAAAGGAUUUAUUACAGGUUUUCCUUGAGCUUAAACAAGAAAAUACUGAAUCAUCAUUCAGUGAUACGCAGAUAAAAGCUCUUUUCAUGGACUUUUUUGUGGCAGGAACACACACGACAACAACAGUGACAGAAAGUACAAUGAGGGAGCUUUUGAAAAAACCAGAUGUAAUGAAAAAGAUACAAGACGAAUUAGAACAAGUGGUAGGCCUAAACAACAUUGUCGAAGAAUUUCAUCUUCCAAACUUACGUUACCUAGAUGCAACCAUUAAGGAAACAUUCCGUUUAAACCCAACACUACCACUCUUGGUAACGCGAUCUCCGAAUAAAUCUUGCAAGAUUGACAAAUACAUAGUCCCAAAGGGUUCUAACGUGUUUUUGAAUGUUUGGGCAAUACAUAGAGAUCCUAAAUAUUGGGAUAAACCUUUAGAAUUCAAUCCUAACAGAUUUCUAAACCCCGAUGGAAAUGCCAAAUUUGAUUAUAACGGAUUGAAUACCAAUUUUCUCGCUUUUGGUGCUGGCAGAAGAAGGUGUCCCGGGGUUCCCUUGUCUGAGAAGAUGUUGAUGUACCUUUUGGCUUCAUUGUUGCACUCCUUCAAUUGGACGUUGCCUGAUGUGAAAGAAUCUGAUAAGCUUGUCCCGAAGAAACCAAAACCACUCCUAGCUAUUCCUUCUCAGAGGUUACCAGACAAUAAUCUCUACAUGUAAUAGUACUAAUUCCAUUUGAUGUAAUAAAAAUUGGAUGCAGUGGCUGAUCACAUUUGAAUCCAGUAGCUAUAAUAAAAUAUGGAUCCACCUUUUAUCCGAUUGUAAAUUAUUUGAGAUAGUUUAUUGAUAAUCUAGC